AUGUGCUCAAAUAGAGGAUUUCUCCGUCCUAACUAUAAAAACUCAAGCCCUUCUUACAAACAAUAUUAUAUUCUCGAUGAAAGAGCAAAAGCCCGGAUUUCUGAUCCUCCUAAAGAAUCCAAUAUUUUUAGAUCCCAUUUAAAUGGGACCUCAAAUCUAUAUUCUUCAUCUCCUCCUAAUAGGUAUCAAAAGAUCUAUCGAAAUCCUUAUCCCAAAGAAUUUUAUGAAAAUAAUUCGCCUUUACAGACAAAUCGGCCUAUCUAUUUUUCUGGAAUGGCCUCUCCUGUUCGUUACAAUGAAACAACCAAAAGUGCAACAAAACUCCCUGAAAUUAAAACAGUCACCAAAGAAAGCUAUUAUUUACACAAUGUAAAAUCAUUAGAAAACCUGUCUCCAAGGAAGCCAGGGUAUGCAAUCGACUCAGUUUUUGAAAUUUAUCCAGUAGGGAAUUCAUAUACAGCUUUCCUGGUGAUGGCGCGCAAUGCGCCAUCACCAGGCCAUGCCGGGAGAGGUUCCUCGUGGAGGAAUGGUUCCACGUGUGGAACCCUCUUUUUCCACGAGCCAAAAAAGAGGGUUCCACACGUGGAACCAUUCCUCCACGAGGAAUCUCUCCCGGCAUGGCCUGGUGAUGGCGCAUUGCGCGCCAUCACCAGGAAAGCUGUAUAUAAAAUGGCAUAUGGAAAUCCUAUAGGAAUGGGGUUUCUGAUAACAAAGCACCUGAUUAUGACGUCAAAUCUAGUUUUCCCUGAUGAUGAAGUGGCUUCCAGGUGCUUUGCUCGCUUUACUGAUAACUUAUUUGAGACUCAUCAUUUUGACCCUAAAGCUUAUUUUUAUACAAAUAGAGAGUCAAAUUUUACCAUAUGUGGCUUUAUGCUGAACCCAGAAAGCCUGAAGCAGAGAUUGCCAAUUGAUAUAGUGCAGCCUUUUAUUUUGAGCGAAGGGGAUGGCAUCGCUUAUUUGAACUCUGGAUCAGACAUAAGGACUGUUAUUGGUGUCGACAGUAACGCAGUAAUUAAUUUAAGGGUUUAAUUCUUCCGUUUAAUGUCCACUACCACAUUACCAGCGGGCUUAGGGGCUCCCCACUCCUCUGAGCGCGUCGUACACAACGUCGGUAUAAAGACUGCAUGAUCCCUCGGUUUGGGCAUUCUGAUUUCGACGGCUGUCCUUUCAGCUCUUUGGCCUUGUAUGGUUUGCCUGCACAUAAUUCCAAAAAUGAAAUUUCUGGCCGACUGUCGGCAAAAGUUCCAACUCAGAGCCAAAAGACAAUGCUGGGCUUUCCCUUUCCAACUCUCAGUCUUCCCUUCCCAUAAGGUAAAAUUCAAUUCUGAAAAGAGACUGAGUUAGGCUCCACAUGCUGCCGGAAUUGCUUACCUGAUAUUGCUGUCCAUUUCUGGAUUGGCAAAAACUUGACGAUGUGUUCAAGGACACCAUAUUUAAUUUGCGUCAACAAUAAUAAUUUUACCUAUUCAGCUGGCAUAAAUAUCUUGCCUGGAAUGCCAAUAUUUACCAUCGAUUGGAAACUGCAAGGUAUUCACCAUACCCAGACACAUUUUUAUCGGUUUUGCCAAGCAUCUCGUAUUGACUCUACCUUAAAAACGCUAUCUAGCAUAAAAUAUGCGACCUCGCACCCAGAAUUAAUGACUGUAAUGUCUGAAUACUCAGAAAAAAUAGCUGGUCUGCAUAAAAAUACUUAUGGGUCUUAUGAAAUUGGCAAAUGUUUAUACUGAAUUGACUGGUAUAAAACAAAUAUUUAUCGAUAUGAUAUUGCCUUGAACAAAUGGUCAUAUAUAAAAAUCCACAAUCUUAAUGAUUUUUUUACUGUAGAAACGCCUUCCUGAACUUUUAAUUGGGGAAGCAGAAUAGCAUAUACUCCAGAUGGGUGUUUUUAUAUAAUAGGAGGGGUUGGAAAAGAGCUGAGUGACACAAAAGCUGAUUUGUAUCAUUUUAAUACAGACACACGAGAAAUAACUAGAAAAUCCUCAAUGCUUGAAAAAAGAGAAGGCCCAGCAGCUGUUUAUAGGCAGGAAUUUAUAUAUGUAAUGGGUGGAAAGUUUAGUUAUAAUACUUGUGAGAAAUAUUCUAUCAGUGAAAAUAGAUGGUACCAUUUCGCUCCAAUGAUCCAUGGGAGGUUUGAGCCUGUUGCUGCACUAAUGCAUUGCGAAGAGUAUUUGUAUGUUAUUGGAGGAUACCCACAAGAUAUGGUUGGGACUACUCUUGAGAGAUUUUGCUUUGAGAAAGACAACUGGGAAGCUAUUGAGAUCCUUUUUCCGCUCCCUAUGAUUAAUCCUGCGAUAUUCCCAGUGUCUGUAAAUAAACUUGCGUUAUUUGGCGGAAGGUUUUCUCAGUCUAUUUAUAUAUUUGAGCUAUGCGAAAACGAGAUGGAUAAUCAUACUACACAUGUAAAAGACGAGGUUUAUAAAAUAUAUACAAUUGAGAGCUUUCCUGAAGGAUUCGAAUCAGUUUAUCCAGUUUUUUUAUAUAAAUUUUACAAUAAAAAUAUCAUUUAUUAUAUACAUUAUUUUUUCUAUUUUUGACUAAAAUUAAGUCUUGCUUUAGUAAAUAUUUAGCCAAAAACAAAUAAUUUUUUAUAUAAAGAGAGAGAGAGAAAUCUUUAUUACUUAAAGGCCUUUAUUUCAGGGCCAUGUCCCGAUUAAAAUUUUUUUAACUUUCUUCUUUUCCUAAAAUCUUUGGAUAAAAUUUUUAGUAAAAUUUUCUGAACCCACGUAAUCCGCGAUUUUUUCGAUUUCUGAGUCUGAUAUGAAUUUUCUAUUUCUGAUGAAAUUUGAAUCUGAUCUAAAUUUUAUUUUCCUGAUAAUGUUUGAUUCUGAUAUCAAUUUUAUUUUUCUGAUAAAAUUUGAAUCUGAUCUAAUUUUUAUUUUUCUGGUGUUCAGGAUUUUCUUAUCGAUUGUCUUCUUAUCAUCAAUGAUCACCUCAGUCUUCCUAUAUUUGAAGGUUUCCUGAAUAGGAUCUAUUUCAUCUAGUAUUUUUCCAUCUAAACGACUUAAAAACUCUCCAAUAUUUUGUCAUCUGUAUCAACAUUUUCUGUAUCACUAUCAUUUCAUUCAUACUCUGAUUCAGAAUUAUCAAGUAAUCCUGUAUCAAUAAGUCCAUUUAAUAGUAAAAGUUCGAAAAAUUCAUCCUGUAAAGCUCCGUUUUCUUCACAAAAGGAAGAAGAAUAGGAAACAUUACUUUCCGAAUCUUCCAUUAAAAUAAAAGUUUUAUAUAAAGAAGAAAACGAAGUUUUUAUGAUAAAAUCUAGACAUGGAGAGCAGCCUCAAAUAAUGUACUACUCCUAUCUCAAUUUAUCAAAACCUCCUAUAGGCAGAAUCCUCGAGCACAGAAGAAUAGUAAAACUACCUCAAGUAAAAAUUCAACAAAUUUUAUAA